AUGGCCAUGUGCACUUUGAUUCUCACCCAGGAGCCCCAAGUCGAGCGAAUGAGUUUGCUCAACGCUGCUUUGUUUGCGAUCUACCUUCUUAGUGCGCUGGGUUGCGAUGCUUCAGCCCUCACGAAUUAUCCGGACCAAGGGAGGAUCUCUCUCCCCAACCUACGCCACUCCAACACUGCUCUCCAGAGAAGAGUGUUAAAGUCCAAGGACGCGGACAACGUCGACACCAAGGGCGACAUCGAGAGGGCUUACAUCCCGGGGUUAUCACCGAUAGCAGGGGCGGUCUCGAAGAUUAGUCCGUCUGCUCAGAAACUCGCUAACAAGUUGUGGCUGCAGUCGAAGACGGACCCAGAGCUGGUUUUCAACGUGUUGCACCUCGGAGAGGCCGCCGCGAAGCUCGACAACAACCCAAGGUUCCUCCUGUGGCUCAAGUACGUCGACAUGUACGCGAAUUUAAAGUUCCGCUCGUUUUCCGACCACCAAAUCGUUGUGUUGCUGCGAAAGUCCCACUCGGACGAGAAGCUGGUGACACUUUCCCAGUCGCUUCGCCGAAUCCCGGCCAGAAAGAACUUGGCUGAGAUGAUGCAGCGUUACCUGAUUGAAGACUCGGCAUCGUCGCGCCCGCUGCUGAUUGCGGCGUGGCGUGAGUCUCUUGAAACACCGGAUGAGGUUUUCAAGAUACUAUAUCCAAAUGGGGCGACACUUCCAGCGGACAAACUGCCAGACAACUCCCAGUUCCUGCAGUGGUUUAAAUACACCGAGACGUACUGGCCAGUUGACACGCGCGACUUGAGCACGUUCAAGUUCUUGGAGCAGAAGUUUGGCGAUUCGGACAUGCACAUCGCGCUACUCUUCCAAGCCGUAAAGCAGCGUCAGGAACUCGAGACCCUUGGAGAUAGCUUGCAGAGUCUCCUGUUCAAUACUUGGGUAGACAAAAAGUUCACGCCUGGGUUUGUCCAGAGUCAGUUGGCGCUGCCGUGGGGGAUUGCGAUUUUCAAGUUAGGCAAGGGUGACGUCUUUUACAGAGCGCUGGAAGAGUACACGAUCCACUAUACAGGAAAACUGGGUGGAAAGGAAGUGCUGAAGACAGUGCGAGGGUUGUUUGCCAACGAUAAGCCUGACGAAGCUCUUGCAAUUGCUACAAACCUUGCACGGAACCAAUAA